CAGAGGCAGUGGGACGAACUCCUCGCGAGAGGUAAGCUUGAAGCUGCCUCCGCCAUCUUGGAGAUGGGAGACGGGCGACGGCUGUGGUCCUUCUGCUAAUGCAAACAACAAAACGGGCACAUUAGUCACCCGGGGUGAGGCUAUUGUCACUGUGACUGUUGACCAAAGCUACAGAGGAAGCGAGGGUGUCAAAGCCGAGCGCGGCGUUGACGGCAGCUUCACCUGCCUUCUGGGGCGGCAGAAGUGACCGAGGACCGGAAGGAUGGUGCAGUCCUGUUCCGCCUACGGCUGCAAGAACCGAUAUGAUAAGGAUAAACCUGUUUCUUUCCACAAGUUUCCUCUUACUCGACCCAGUCUUUGUAAAAAAUGGGAGGCAGCUGUCAGAAGAAAAAACUUUAAGCCCACUAAGUAUAGCAGUAUUUGUUCCGAGCACUUCACUCCAGACUGCUUUAAGAGGGAGUGCAACAACAAGUUACUGAAGGAGAACGCUGUCCCCACAAUAUUUCUUUGUACUGAACCACAUGACAAGAAGGAAGAUCUUCUGGAGCCACAAGAACAGCUUCCCCCAGCUCCUGCAACACCUCCCAUUUCCCAGGUGGAUGCUGCUAUUGGAUUGCUAAUGCCUCCUCUUCAGACCCCCGACAACCUUUCAGUUUUCUGUGACCACAACUACACUGUGGAGGAUACAAUGCACCAGAGGAAAAGGAUUCAUCAGCUGGAACAGCAAGUUGAAAAACUCAGAAAGAAGCUAAAGACUGCACAGCAGCGAUGCAGAAGACAAGAACGACAGCUUGAGAAGUUAAAGGAGGUUGUGCACUUCCAGAAGGAGAAAGACGACGUAUCAGAAAGAGGUUAUGUGAUUCUACCAAAUGACUACUUUGAAAUAGUUGAAGUACCAGCAUAAAAAAAAUGAGAUGUAUAAUGAUUUUUAAUGGGGCAUAUCCUCUUCUAGCAUAUAAAGGAGUUUCAUUUGAAAAAAUAACACUUGAUUACUUAUAUAAAAACAAUUCAGAAUAUUUUUUUAAAAAAAAUAAAUUCGAUGAUAUAUACUGUAAACUUAUAAAAUUUUUUGUUUGUAAUUUCAGGGUUUUUACAUUUUAACAAAAUAUUUUAAAAGUUAUAAACUAACCUCAGACCUCCAAUGUAAGUUGGUUUCAAGAUUGGGGAUUUUUGUUUUUUGACUAUUUACAGAGAUAAUGAAAAAGUAAAAUGCAAAGAGAA